UAAAGCAGUUUUCUUUAUCUAACAUUUACAUCAUACAUUUAUUGCAUAUGUGAUAGUAUAAGCCGUGAUGAAUGAAAUAUUUACCUAUGAAUUCCUCAGAUGCUUUGGCAUGCCUUAGUCGGUCUUAUAUGGUUAAUGACUUAUUUACACUCAAACGUCCAUUGCAAGAAAAGUAAUAUUGAAAAAUUAAUCGAAAAUAGGCACCUCCACCUCAAUUUGGCCAAAGUGGCAGAUUUUAAUGACAUAGUUGAGUUAGAUCAUAAGGUACCCUCAAUUACCAAAUCUUCUGUCACAACCUCGAGGCAUGGACACGAAGCCAAAACGACCAUGAUACGUACCCCAAAGCCACAUAAAAGUAUUGAAAGACAACUGACUCUCGCGGAAAACGAUGCACACCCUCGCGCAUACGAAAAGUGCGAGGAUUUAUUGACCAAAAUUGUGGAAUACGAGAAAUUGAAAACGAAAUUGCUUGAACUUACUGUAGCAUUUAAGCGGAAGUGUCAGGGCGACCAAUAUGAUGACUUUGUGGAUAAAUUGGUAAAGGGAUGUUUAGCAAGUCUAGACGCGCCACUAAAUAAGCGCCCAUGUACGACAGAUAGGGAAUAUUUCAAAAAAGAACAACCUCCUAGUAGCGUUGAAAUCUUGCCAUUGCACGCCAACGGGGAUUCGGAAAGUUUGCAGUCCACAAGUAGCCCACUGGAGAACCCGAUGAGAAGUUACAAUUUUGUCCCUGUAAUAGAACGCACAUUCCAAAGCCGAAGAUACCCCUUAAAACACGGUCCUCAAAAUAGAAAAGAUGCGCAUCUAAAAGAUCGAGGUCCUCUAUUAAACUCGCGCACUCCUCACUUCACGCCGAGGAGUUUGAGGAAACGUAGUUCUUACGUUGGACCUAACCGGGGGCAUUUCACAUAUGACCAAUUGCGCAAUAAAAAAGACAUUGCCAAUUUGCAUGCCGGUCGCAAACCGAAUACUAACCUAAGAAAACUUUCAUCGGCAAAAAACAAGCAUUACAGGAAUCGAAUCUCUCGAAAGUGUUGUACGGACAAGGAAGAAGAGUUUAUAACAGACUCCCGAAGACUUUUACAAUACCUAGAGGAAUUGGAGGAUUACCUUUUGCACAACAAAACAACGAAUGCACAACAGGAAGGCAAAGAAUCUCACGUUGUACCUGCACAGUUAGGAGCAACUCCGCUCAAGGAGCACUUUCCUAGGCACUGUAACUCGGAAGGCGACAUCAUAGCGGUACACCAAAUGCUGCUGGACAAAAUUCGGGAUUUAAACAACACCAUUAAUAGCCUACCCCAUCACGAGAGCGCCGGUACAAGUGUGCCCGAUGGUUUUUCUACGAGUGAGUCAGAUGAUGCUAUUAUUCUUUUAAUACCAAAGACGGAUGCGCCUUCUCCAAGAAACGUUCUAAUCCAGCCUGCUGAACCAAAACGUGAAGUCGCUAAAGAAAUGGAUUAUGAACGAAUUGAGCGAGAUGUAGAAGCUGCCCACCAAGAUGACUACGAUUAUGCUUACGAUGAUUAUUAUAACGAGUUUAACUACAAUAGCGCCGCGGCAAGUUCGAGGAGGCCCAAAAACGUCACACCCACAAAAUGUACCUCCAAGACUCAUCCACAUAAGAAAAGUAAAAGUGAAUCUUCAACAUUGUCGAUAGCGAAUAAAACUGUAACAGCUUCUCAACAUACCACUUGUAAUGAUCCGAUGAAAAGUAUAGAACAGUCUCUGUUUGGGAACACCAGUUCAAUUGUAACGGAAUCUCCCGAACUAUCAUUUGAAGACCAUCUUCUUACUCCACCUACUAUUUCCUCAAAUGGAAGCGUGCCAAACGUCCAAAUACCAAUGAUAGUUUCAAUAGAAUCACUAAAUCAGUCAUAUUUAAUUACAGUUGAUACUCAAUCAACAACAGAGAUUAAUUUCUUGACCGAAACCGCGUCUGAUAGAGAUAAAAUAUUGCGACUAGAGCGAGAUUUAAAUGUCGUAAAUCAACUGGAACGUAUACUCGAUAAAAUACGUAGGGAUAGGCGGUCAGGAAAUAAGGAUGUGGACGCAACACAGAGGACAGUAGCUUAUCGAGCUUCAGGGCUCCGUGGCAAUAAGUUAAAUAAACGAUUUUUGAUGUGCAAGAAGAGGAAAAAAGAGAAAAAACGUAAAACAAAAAAAAAGAAAAUUUGGAAAAAACUAUUUGGGAGGUCAGACGGGCAUUUUUUAAACUGAGUCCUACUAA